GCCCCCCCACCCACCAAACCCUGCUCCCCCAGGCUCCCAGAAAUCUCAGGGCAGAGGCCACAGACGGCUGCUGGAACUCCUGCUUGGUGGGACCAUGAACUGGCAGCUGCUGUGGCUGGGCUUCCUACUUCCCAUGACAGUCACAGGCCGGGCCCUGGGGCCUGCAGGAAAGGAGGCAGCAGUGGAUUACCUUUUGCAAUAUGGGUACCUACAGAAGCCUCUAGAAGGACCUGAUGACUUCAGGCUAGAAGACAUCAUGCAGGCUCUGAGAGCUUUUCAGGAAGCAUCUGAGCUUCCAGUCUCAGGUCAGCUGGACAAUGCCACAAGGGCCCGCAUGAGGCAGCCCCGUUGUGGUCUGGAGGACCCCUUCAACCAGAAGACCCUUAAAUACCUGAUGCUCGGCCGCUGGAGAAAGAAGCACCUGACCUUCCGCAUCUUAAACCUGCCUUCCACCCUCCCACUCCACACAGCCCGGGCAGCCCUGCUGAAAGCCUUUGAGUACUGGAGCAAUGUGGCCCCCCUGACCUUCCGGGAGGUAAAGGCUGGCUGGGCUGACAUCCGCCUCUCCUUCCAUGGCCGCCAAAGCCCAUAUUGCUCCAAUACCUUUGAUGGGCCUGGGAGGGUCCUGGCCCAUGCUGACAUCCCAGAGCUGGGCAGUGUGCACUUUGAUGAAGAUGAGCUCUGGACUGAGAGGACCUACCAGGGGGUGAACCUUCGCAUCAUUGCAGCCCACGAACUGGGCCAUGCCCUGGGGCUUGGGCACUCCCGAUAUACCCAAGCCCUCAUGGCCCCUGUCUACUCUGGAUACCGGCCCCACUUCAAGCUGCACCCAGAUGAUGUGGCAGGGAUCCAGGCUCUCUAUGGCAAGAAGAGCCCUGAGACAGGGGAUGAGGAAGAGGAGAUGGAGCUCACUGUACCACAAGUGCCCACAGAACCCAGUCCCAUGCCGGACCCCUGCAGUGGUGAACUGGAUGCCAUCAUGCUGGGGCCCCGCGGGAAGACCUAUGCCUUCAAGGGGAGAUAUGUGUGGACCGUGACAGAUUCAGGGCUGGGUCCCUUGUUCCGAGUGUCUGCUCUUUGGGAGGGCCUCCCAGGAAACCUGGAUGCUGCGGUCUACUCUCCUCGGACACGUUGGAUUUACUUCUUUAAGGGAGACAAGGUGUGGCGCUACAUUAAUUUCAAGAUGUCUCCUGGCUUCCCCAAGAAGCUGAAUAGAGUAGAACCCAACCUGGAUGCAGCUCUCUAUUGGCCAGUCAACCAAAAGGUGUUCCUCUUUAAGGGCUCCAAGUACUGGCAGUGGGAUGAGAUGGCCCGAACUGACUUCAGCCACUACCCCAAACCAAUCAAAGGAUUGUUUACAGGAGCGCCAAACCAGCCCUCAGCUGCUAUGAGUAGGCAGGAUGGCCAUGUCUACUUCUUCAAGGGCAAACAAUAUUGGCACCUCAACAAGCAGCUACGAGUACAAAAGGGCUAUCCCAGAGAUAUCGCCCACAACUGGAUGCACUGUCAUCCCCAGAUCCCAGACACUGCCCCAUCAGGUGGAGACACCUCUCCCUCAGCCACAGGCCCUGACUACUCAGUCACAGGAACAACCUUGGAUACCACUUUGUCAUCCAUAGAUGCCACCUUGAACACUGACCACUCACCCAGAGACACAAUCUUGGCUAUGACCCCCUCAGCCACAAGCUCCACCACCCUUUCAUUCCCUGAUAGUAUCACCCUUCCAGAAGCCAAAGACCUCAACCAAAUGUCUACUCACUAGACUGCAGGCCCAUGCAGUGGCAUGGGCCAGAGACCUCGGACCUCUAAAUGUCCCAGCUGUAGCCACGUUCCCCCUGUGCUCUGGGUCGGCCCUCAGCUCCAUCCAUUUUUUCCUACCCUAGAUAGCACGUGCAACUGUGUUAUCUACUCUCUGGAAGACAGUGGUAGAGGGAAGUUGUCAAUCAGGCCUGAUGGGGCAACAGCUGGAAAGCUGAAUGCCUGGGUCCUGCUUUUCCUAGAUCAAGUGCAAGAAAACAGCAUGGCCAGUAAAAUGAGCAAGGGUUUUGGAAUCCUUGAGAAUCAAAUUUGCUUGUUUAUGACUUGAACAAGUUGAUUAACCUUGUUGAGCCUCAGAGUUCUCAUCUGCAAAAUGAGGUUACCAAUCCUGCCGGGUUGUUGCAUUAAAUGAAAUACUAUAUGUGAAGUGCCUGACAGUGUCUGGCACACUUGUGCAUAAUAAAGACUAAUUCCAUGUUCAUGAGA